AUGCCAAGCGGUCGUCAAGGUGACCCACUAACAGAGCAACUGAACCAGUUUAGCGCCGCCCGCAUCCUUCAAGAACUGCCCCGCUACAACUGGCUGGAACAAAAAAUUCUACAGAGAAAUUCUUACGCCCAGAACCCCUCUUCAUCAACAACAUCAGCGACAAUCUCGGCGUCCUCAGCUACAGCGACAACGUCAGUGGCGAACAGCGGCGCGAAAAACAAUGUCAGCACCAGCAGCAAGGAGAACGGUUUGACCAUUGACCUCAGUCCUGGGUCAGUAUCGGGGCGAGGGGAGGACCAGGACAACACUGACCUCAUGGACACUGACCACACAGAUCACGUGGACACUGACCACACGGGAGAGGAGCCUGGUGACUCGAAAAGCGCGGGAAAUGUGGACAGACCUGAGACGGAGAGGAAGGAAGACUUGGGUUCUGAGGACAUAAGCACUGUGGAGGAAAUGGAUAUCAACUCAGACGAAGCUAACACAACAACGACAGCAGCAGCAACAGCAGCAACAACAACGAAAGCAGCAACACCUUCUCGCGGUGUCAUCUCCACUUUGCCCCUCGCCCUCAUCCCCACAACGGGCAAGGCUGGAAGCGUCGGGCAGAUUUCAAAAACAGCGGCUCCCUCUUUGACAGCUUCUUCGCCGUCGGACCCGGCGACGGCAACAGCAGCAACAACGACAACGACGACGACGACGACAACAUCAACGGAAAAGUUGUCGUCUUCUCCUGAUCUCACGUUUGCUAACCCCACGUCGCCACAUCUCUCUGGGACUUCUUCGUCUUCAUCUUCUUCUUCUCUUCCUUCCUCCUCCUCGACUUCUCUGACGUCAUGUGGUGAUACGAAAGGAGUUAUAGACUAUGCCGUGACGUCAGCAACGAAUAACGGUCCAACCCCAGCUGUUGCUACAGCAACAACGACAGUAUCGAAAACUGUGCCUACUUUGUCUGCUGCUGUUUCGUCACUACCUUUGUCGUCAAAUGAAGCGAAAAUAACGCUUUCGGGAAAUUCCGAAACUUCUAUCGCUUCCGAAUCUGGAAAAUCCGCACCUGCAGCACAAAGCGGCGAAUCAGAAAUGGACACAACUACAAUAACUUCUACUGCUUCAAAGGUCGUCAGUGAGAGCGGUGUUUUGAGCGUUACCAACACGCAAACCACCGCUACAACCACAUCGUCAACAGUAGCAGCAACUGCACCAACCGCCGCAACAACCACCACGUCAUCAAUAGCAUCGACAGCAACUUUCACUGCGCCGUUGUCGUAUGCCACAGCCCAGCAGUCUCAAAGUGAGAGUGUCGCUCCCUUGGACUUGUGCCUCAAGAAAUCGGCGUCAGAGUACAAAGUAGAGCGCUGUUUUCCCCUACACGUAGACAGCCUUGACCUUUGCGUGAAGACAGCUCCGGGCCUUAACACUAACAGCUCCACCGAAAUCGGCGGACACCCGCGUCAUCAUCUCCAUGGCAACGACGCGAAAGACGACUCUAUCAUCGACGAGAACAUCACCAUUGGUCUGGCCAUUUCCGCGGAGCUGGAGACUCACACCGAUAGGUCCGUUGUCUCCGCGAAGUACAAAGACGCCGCUAGCGCGCCGGCUCCCAUAGACCCUCUUUCUGAUAAUGUACGCUGUGACGUCACCGCUGGUUUAAGCACCUGUAGCGGUGGGGGCGGUGGGGGUGGUGGCCCGGACGUUCUAGACUCGCCACUGUCCCUGACUACGUCACCGCCUUACGCUACCAGUAAGUCUAUGUCGGACGCGGAGUUGGAUCAAGAGUUCCAGAAGCAUCUGAUCGAGUUCAAAGCUCUGGAGAAACUUGCGGAGAGAAAAGCACAGGAGCAAAUGCAGGUAGCGAUAAUGAGGAAGAGGAAGGCGGAGAUGUUGAGGAUUAUGGAGAUGAAGAAGGCGAAGAGGAACUACGAUAAAGUAAGCGGUCAGCUCGGUGUACCUCUUCCGACUCGAGAGUCUGUGAACGUUGUUUCUGGUGAUGUGUCAAUGGAGCAGGAUAAGUCUCUCGCCCCACAGUCGGCAGCUGUUUCUGUUUCGUCUGCUAGCUCUGUGGUCACACCUGUUGUUGGGAUGUCCAGCGGAGAGGAGUCGAAGAUGGAUUGUAGUUCUACACCACCCACCGUUGCUGCAUCUGUUUCUGGUGGAGGAGAUGUUGCUAUGUCAACAGUAUCAGCAUCUGCGGGUGUGGUUAUGGAUUCUUCGUCGACAACAACAUCCUCUUCUUCAUCUUCGUCGCCAUCGUCAAGUAAAAACUGCGAUGUGAUAAAGAGUCAAGGUGUAACUACAAAUAUGUCAGCCACCACGACUGCAACAACGACAACAACAAUGUCGACAACAGCAGCAGAGACACCCUCGUCACUAACAUCAUCAUCAUCGUCGUCUGUACUAUCGUCGACUACCCCGCCUGUCUUGGUGAAGACAGAAGUGGUUGACCAAAGCGAGAAAUCUAUUUCGUUUGAAGCCACGACACUGGCAGCCGUAGAGUGCAAAACUGAAGCACCCGAGACGGUAUCGGGCACAGAAGACGGUACAUCACCGAAACCUUUAAAUCUCAACGCAACAAAUGUACUGUCAUGGGAUAAUAACCUGACUGUGAAGACAGAAGAAGACUCAGAUGACAUUAAACCCGAUCUGGAAGGAAAAGAAAAGAGCGGGGAAGAUGUAGACCCAAAUAAAGAAAUGCUGGCGUCAGACAGUUUAAAUACGGAACCGUUGGCAGCAAAUAAAAUGAAAAAAGAGACGGAAACAUCGGAAACUAGAUCAAGCUCCUCUUUCGGGUCUGCUGCUAGUUCAUCAAAGUGUAGAUAUAGCAAAGAACCAGCACCGGCCCAUCAAAGAGAACCCGAAGUUCUACCGUUAGAGCUAACGGUUACCCCAAACGGAGACUCUGCGUUUAUCCAAGGACCAUACCACCGGCGGGAGAAGGCCAUCCUCGAACCGCCUUUUCUGCCUAAAGAGGCUCCUAAGGUGGACACCCCGCAAAGGGCACACAAUCAGCAGCCCUUUCAGACGCCAGGGAGCCUUAUAGUGGCUGUGUCCAGCCCGUUCGCGCCUCACUCGGCCGCGCCACUCGUCUCACACGGUUCCCCACGCACUCACACUCAAGCUGACAACGGGAAAUCCCCUGGGUUGAAACCCGGCCGGCCUGUCCCCAGUGUACCCCGUGGGUCCGUCAGAAGAAUAGACAAACCUCUGACUUUAAGUAUGGCGUCUGAAGACAAUGGAAGGUUAGGGCCAGGAUGUGAAGGAGUGUCUAACUCUGGGCUUGUGAUGAGGGGUAGAGGCAAGUCAAUAGAUGGAAGUGAUAUUGUGGAACAGCAACAACGAGCGAUGGAAAAGACAAUGCUAAGUUCUGGACCCAGGUCGGCGGACUAUCGUUCUGUCGCUCUAGAACAUGCCGCGACACAUCAGAGGAUGCUUUUGCAGCAGCAGCAACAGCAGCAACAGCAGCAUCAGAGGCCAGGGAUGCCCGUAGAUUCCCGAAUGUUCCCGAGGGGGGAUAUCGGGGUAGGCGGUCAACAGCAACAACACCACUUACAGACACAGCGGUCUGGAGCAGCAGCCGUAGCGCAGUCAGCAGCGCCACCACACUGCGGAAUAACGUCAUCGGGUCCACAGUCCCUGGUCCCUGACAGAUCUCCACGCGCGAUGUCAGAGGAGAGUGGCGAGAAGAAGAGUGCCUUCAGGUUACACGUGCGUCCUCAGACCAACUCGGUCAUCGACCUCACACAAAGCGGCAGGAUCCUCAUGCCCAAUACAAAGCCGCUGGGUCUCGAACCGGGACAAACAGCAAGUUCUCCCUACGGAAUGUGCUACCCCCACCCCGGCCAGGCGUACUCGGAGGCCCCACCGCCGUUGCCCCCUCCCCCUCAGUGCGGCGGAGAUAUGGAGAUGAAACACGGGGAGGCGCGGGUGGUGUCCGGCGCUGCACAUCACAGAAGAGGCCAUGCAGUCCCGCCUCCGCCCGGCGCCCACGUCCCGCCUCCCCCCGCCUACACGGAAGUACCUCCGGGACUCUACCCAGACUACCAGGGUUUACAAGAGAGACCCGGGCUUCUGCCUAUUGCCAUGGACAGCGAGAGAACGGCUAGGCCAAGCGCUUUUAUGAGUGGAAUUCACCACCACCGCCCGCCUCCUAAAGAUGCUACAGGAGGCGUCAGUAACUGCCAGAGGGCAACAGGGAUGAAAGACGUACCUUAUAUGAAAGAUCUCUGCAGACCUAGCGUGUCAUCUGUCACCCAGCACAGACAAAGGUAUCUGACCACAAACCCUUCUAUGGGAUCGGGAUCCGAACCCAUGCCCCCCAGCUCCCAAGUCGGAGGUAUGGGCAGCAACCCCGGAUAUUCAAAACCUCCUGGCUCCCUCUCUCCUCGCUAUGGUUCUACUCGCAUGAACCCUUCUGGGGCUUGGAUGGACUUGGGCAUUCCGCCUAGCUUAGGUGGGCCUGGAGGGGCGGAAUUCAAGACAAACACUCAGGGUCAGUGGCGGGGACAGUCGCCUGUGCCUCACUCUCGAACACUGUCAUCCCAGAGCGCCAUCCGAAGAGAGAUGUACCUCGAAGCUGCCGCGGAAAAAGAAGCCAGACUUUCUACGGUAGAAGAACUCGACAGACACCGAGCAUCCCGGGUAGAAAUGAUGACCAACGCCUUCCAGAACCACCCGGAAGCUAUGAGUCACUCCCAUAAACACCUCAUGACCUUGAGUGACCACCCGUUGGGUGAAGGUCAUCCCCUACAUGGCCCUCCAGGCUCGAUCGGCCCCCUCCACAGCAUGAGCCACCCGGCAAUAAGAGGAAAACUCCCCCCACCCCCUCUACACCACCAGCAGGGGACACUGCGUCCUGACAGCUACCAACACGUCCCCACCUCCCCGGGGUCGCAAGGGUUUAUGAGAUAUCCAGGACCCCCAGGGAAACAACAGCAACAGCAGCAACAACAGCAGCAGCAGCAACAGCAGGCGUCUCUGAGGUCCUCUCAUCAAGGGUUACACCUGUCCCCGUCAGCUCCACGUAGAAGCUUUGAGGAGAUGGACACGGUCAGUGUGCCUUCUUUGUCUGGGCAGCGGCUGCAGCAGCACCCACAUAUGUUUGACCCACGAAGUAAUCAACCAACGGCCUCCACAGCUCCAGGUCCGCCAUCACAACAACAACAACAACAACAACAACAACAACAACAACAACAACAACAGCAGAAACAGCAACAGCAGCAACAUCAACAGCAGCCGCAACAGCAUCAGCAGCAGCAACAUCGACCACCGUGCCUGCCACCGCCACCACAGCCACCACCACAACAACAACAACAACAACAACAACAGCAGCAACCACAAGCUCCUCCAGGGGGUGCGGUGUUAGUGGGCGGGCCGCAGGGUCAAACGUCAAGACCUGCUGGCUCCUACGGCAUGCCAUCUACUCACUCGAGCGCCCCGGUGAACGUAUCUAACACUACUAACAGUCUGUGCGUGGUGUGUGGAAAGGUGGCGGUCUUCCUCUGUUCCAGCUGCCGCAGGAUGUGGUACUGUAACCAACAAUGUCAGACAAAACACUGGAGCAUCCAUGCCGCUGAGUGCAAGCCAAUGUCUUGAUUCGACAACGCAACUGAGAAGUGUAGAAUGUGCUCUUGUACUGUUUUUUGAGCUGAAUGUCUUGGAAAAAAAAGCAACAUCAAGAGAUAGAUAGAUAGAUAACUUGAGAGAGAGAGAGAGAGA